UAAAAACAGUCGUCAAACCCUAUCCUCUUCCUCUCGUAUUUUCUCUUCUCUCUCUCGAAACCCUAAUCUCGAAAUCAGUUUUCCCCUAAAUUCAGCGGCUGAAAUAGAUGAAUUUCGUUUGCGUGUCCGAAUCGGAGUCUCAUGCUGCCUCGGAUUUCAACUGGAUUUGAUGAUUUGCUGUUAUAAAAUUGAGCUCUGAGGACUCGCUACGUUUUAAUCGGACGAGAUUACACGAAGCGUUCAUGGAGGGCUCUGCAACGGCGUCAUCGGCUGCAGCGGACGAAGGUCCCGAGUCGUGGGAGGUUGCUGAUGUCGACGCUAGCAUGCGCCGGCUCAUGCUUUCCUCCAGAAAGGAUUCCGAUGUUAGCUGUAAUAAGCAGGAAGAGAGAGCCGAGGAUUCAGGUUCGGGCUUUAGUUUGAAUUCGUGUUCGGUUAAGUCAGAUGAUUUGGUUAACACAGUGGAUCAGUUUUUGCGCGACGCUCUACAGAAUCCUCGCGAGCGCCUCUCUGUGUUGAGAAUGGAGCAAGAUGUGGAAAAGUUCAUACGGGAUCCUACUAGGGAGCAGAUGGAGUUCCAACAGUUGCCCACUUCUUACUUGCGCCUGGCUGCACAUCGUGUGGCUCAGCACUACUCACUGGAGUCCAUGGUUUUAUUUGAUAAUAACCUACCUGAAGGUUCUAGCUCCAGAAUUAUUGUUCGGAAGACUUCUAACAUCCGGCUUCCUUCAGUUCGCCUUGCCGAUGUUCCUGUAAAUUUACCUACUGAAGAUAGUGGUGCUAUUAAGGUUGCAAUCAAGCAGAGGCCACAAAAGGGGUCACAUAACAAUAGCAAUUCAAAUAUGCAUUCUGUAAAAUCAAAUAGUUCUAAAAGUGUGGAGGAAAGGAAGGAGGAAUACAAUAGGGCUCGAGCACGGAUAUUUAGUUCCAACAGUUCUGGUGGGAGUUCCAGUGGGAAACCAGAAAGUGAUCCCAGGAUUCAGGAUGGUUUCCAGCAUGGUUCACUGGGAAUAACAAAGGCAGAGGAGAGGGUUUUUCCUGGAGGUGGACCUGAUAUGAUUAUUGGGAGAAGUUUAUCCGACUCCUCAACAUCUAGCAGUAGAAUAUCUAGAAGUAGGACAGAGAAGGAGCCAAUUGCUAGGCCUAAGACAAAUAAUAAAGUGGCUAUCUUUCGGGAUCGCGAAGUUGAUCGUAAAGAUCCAGACUAUGACAGGAGUUAUGACAGAUACGUACAGAGGUUUGACCCUGGCUUUGGAUUUAGUGGAGGUCCAUACACUAUUCAGCCUAUGUAUGCACCUGCAUUAAACUACAACACCGAAUUUCCUCAGCUGGGAUCAACUCAUAGGCCCCAAAUGUCUUCUGAGCACCAACCACGACCUCUUCCUCAACACAUGCCUGGUCCGUGGGUUGCUCCAUCUG